GAUGUGUUUCUUCUCCAUUCAGAAUGAUACAAAUCUUGGACCCGAGGCCCUUGUCCAGCUCCAGCAUGCCUGUGGAUAUGGCCAUGCGAAUUUGCAUAGCCCAUUCUCCACCACUGAAGAGCUUUCUCAGCCCCCUCGAGGACUGCCAAAGAAACAACUUUGUGAACAGACUCAAACCUCUCCGGCCGUGCCUUCACGUGAAAUGUGACUCCCAAGAUGAGCAGAGGGACUGGAAGCACUCACCAGCCCGAGCCAAGAAGCGUGUUGUGUUUGCAGACUCCAAGGGGCUGUCCCUGACAGUGAUCCACACCUUCUCCGAGUUCCAGGAGCCCCCUGGGUGGGAUCUGCAGUUUGACCUCUUGGGCAUUGAGGACCUAACAUCUGACUUAAAACUCCAUGAGGAGAAAAACUUGAUUCUGGGUUUCCCUCAGCCCUCAGCUGACUACCUGGACUUCAGGAACCGUCUGCAGAAGAACCUGGUCUGCCUGGAGACCUGCACCCUGCAAGAGAAGGUGCUGUCAGGCACUGUGAAAGUAAAAAAUGUGAGCUUUGAAAAGAAGGUUCAGGUUCGUAUUACUUUUGAUACGUGGAAGACCUACAAAGAUGUCGAGUGUAUGUACAUGAACAAUGUUUACAGUGAUUUUGAAAACGAUACCUUCUCAUUUACCAUUGAUUUUCCUCCUGCCAUUUGCUCUGAAGAGAAGAUAGAGUUUUGCAUUUCUUACCAAACUAGAGAACAUACCUUCUGGGACAAUAAUCAGGGUCAGAAUUACAAAAUUGUACACGCAGAGUGGAAGCCUAAUGGUGUUCAGAUACCAUCUGCCAAGGAAGGCUAUGUAGAUCUUCAGACCUCAAGGAGAGGACAAGAGAGAGAACCUGAUCAGCUGGGCAGUCCAAGGUUGUCCAGUGGCCUCUUUCCCCAGUGGCAGAGCUCAGGUCAGAUUGAAAGUUCAUUACCAUAUUGGUGAUU